UUGAACCGCCAAAAUAGUUGUCAUUUUUUCGCCGAAACUCACUGUUUUCCGUUGUCUAAAACCGUUUUUAUCACAAUUUCCAUAAUAAAUUGUGACACAAUCGUUAUUACUUGUGCAAUCAACUUGAAUUAACGCGUGAUAAAAGUGAAAAUCGCUGGGAAGGCGAUCAAUAAUGGCUAAAGUGCAUAUAACCAACGUAGUUGUUCUCGACAACCCGAGCCCGUUUCUCAACCCUUUCCAAUUCGAACUGACCUUUGAAUGCAUAGAGGAGCUCAAAGAGGACUUGGAAUGGAAGAUGAUAUACGUGGGAUCAGCAGAAACAGAGGAGCACGAUCAGGUUUUGGACACUAUUUACGUAGGGCCGAUACCAGAAGGAAGGCACAUGUUUGUUUUUCAAGCCCCGCCGCCCGACGUCACACGUAUACCUGAAAACGACGCACUAGGCGUCACCGUGGUGCUACUCACAUGCUCCUACAGAGGGCAAGAGUUCGUCAGAGUGGGGUACUUCAUAAAUAACGAAUACAGCGAAGCGGAGCCCGAGUUAAGAGAAAACCCGCCGGCGAAGCCCCAAUUUGACAAAGUCGUAAGAAAUAUCCUAGCAUCAGAGCCGAGGGUGACUAGAUUUAAGAUUAAUUGGGCGGAGCCUGACGCUGCGGCGGCCGCGGACUCCGGAGACGGCAACCUAGAGACAUCACAUGCCCCAAGCAAUGACUCGUAUGGAGCCUCCUUCAAUGCAGACAGUCAAAUCAGCGGGAUGGAGUUCCAGGGUAGCUUGAGUGGUUACGGAGACAACUCAAAUUCAAUAGCCCCUAUGGAGUGCUGAGAUUACCAAAUAACGUAUCUAGGAGGCAGUGUACUGACUAUUGUUGUAAAAUAGCAUGUUUGUAUAAAGUCAAGCUGAUAAUGCCGAUUCGGGCAACCACCACCAUAAUUUGACAGGGUUCAAACUAGCAUCUCUUUCUUGCACGUAUUGUUAGUGAAGGAAGACACUAAGAGCUGUCAAAUUAAAAUUAGGUUUUUGUGUCUGCCCGAAUAGGCAUAUAUGUAUAUUGGUGGGUGAUUCUGACAAACAUUUUAUAAAAUACCUCUCAGAGACAUACAUCCUGACUGAUCAGACACAAUGUAUGGUGUAUGCAUAGUAUAACAAAACCAGGUGUGCUCAAAAGUGACAGCUAACAUCAAGAUUACCCCAGCUGACGUCAUUGCAACCUGUGUUGCCAUUUCGUGAAAAAUAAAUUACCCACAACCAAUUUUUUAAUUUACAUUGCAAGGCAAUUUUGAACUUUUAAUAAAAGAUUUACUUACAGUUUUAAUGAU